AUGUCACUCCUGAUGAUACGUGUUACCUCCUCGAGGGACUGUAGAGCGCACAUCCAGAACGGAUUCUGGUUCUUCAAGAUCGCCAUUAUCAUUGGCAUUAUGAUUGGUGCCUUUUUCAUCACCGAUCCAGCAUUCAUAACGACCUGGAUGUUCUUUGGGAUUGUGCUUGGCUUCCUUUAUAUUCUGGUUCAAUUAGUUCUACUUGUUGAUUUCGCGCACUCGUGGAACGAAAUGUGGGUCAAUGCAUACGAGGAAACUGAAUCUCGCAUAUAUGCUUGCGCUCUUCUGUUCACCACCUUCUUUUUCUACGGAUUAUCAAUCGCUGCGGUGGUCCUAUUUUAUAUUUAUUUCGGUAACGCUAGUAUUUGUGUGCUUGGAAAGACUCUCACCAGUUUCAACCUCAUUCUGUGUGUAAUUGCGACCAUCGUUUCCAUAUUGCCGGCGAUCCAAGAAAAGACGCCCAGGUCCGGUCUUCUUCAGGUAGGCCGCAUUUGUUUCAGUACUCACACGAAAGUACUAGUAGUCGGCAUCUUUUUUAUGCAUUUUCUAAAAAAAUACGGCGUCCUUAUUAGUCUUAUCACCUUCCUGGUGCACCAGAGUAGACGAGCCGUUUUCUGCUGGACAGUUAGGAAUGUCCGUCUAGUUAUGAGUGUUGCACGGGGCGGACGAUGA